GGGGGUUGAGCAGUAGGGGCGCGGAAUCUCUUGUACCCUCGACCUUCGAGCACAUGGUGUAAGGAAAAAUAUGGUCCAAGAAGGGCACGAUCCCGCCGUCCCGCGGCGCUCCAGCUGCAAGGAGUGCGAGGGAAGGAUUCCCGCUGCAGCGCAGGCAGCGGGAGCGGGCGCUGUGCCCGCACCGGCCUGCGGGGGUCGCUGUGUGAGGCGGACGCGCGGCCGGGUGCCGGCGCCGCAGCCUGGGUCCGCGCCAUCGGCAGCACACUGCUAAAACUUCCCCCUCCCGUGACAGAGGCCAGGGAGCCACAGGCGGGAAGGGAGGCUGCCUUGUGGCCGGGCUUAAGCCUCCCGAAUAGGAGAGGAAAGGGUAAUGGGGACUAGAAAGACAGCAAGAAGGCGAGGCAGGGCUGCGGGCGCCAGGUGGGUAAGCGACGGCAGCUCCAAUCGGAGGCAGCUCUCCAGAGGCUUAGCGGCUGGAAGACUCAGCUCCCUCCGAGCACACAGAGCUCCGCUUAGGAAAAGCAUCCCUCUGGAUCGCCCCGACGGCACGCCAGCCCUAAAGCCGCUGUCACCGAUCCAAGCGCCCGCAUUCCCCGGAUGCCGCGGCUCCUCCUCCGGCUCUCACCACCCGCCCCAAGCCGUGGUUGCUGCCCGCCCCUGCUUCCCUUAAGCAAGAUGGCGGCGGCGGCGUCUCCCAUGCUGCCGCGCGGCGGCCGCUCGCGCUCAGUGGUCGCUGCGUCACGCUGGCGACGGCGGCGGGAAAUGCGAGUGAGGGCCGAGGCAGCGGCUGCGGGCCGGGCCGCCAUGGACCCCCCGAGCUGCAUGAAGGCCCUGCUCCUCGCAGCCACGGAGUACCGCGCCGCCAGGACAGCGCACAACGCCGCGCUCCUGCAGCGCAGCCUGGAGGUUAUCUCUGGACUGAAGCUUACCCGUUUUUUUGCUUCAAACCAGAUUCUACCAAAUGAAUGUCUCAGUUGCCUUGUAGAGCUCCUGGAGGACACUAAUAUAAACCCUUCUCUGGUCUUGUCUGUGGUUACUUUGCUAUCACAGCUAGCUUCAGACUCAGAGACUAGAGAAGCUCUCCAGGACACCUACAAUCUGACUAGUGUGCUGGCAGGAGUGGUUCAUCGAAGUUCUACUAAUCUGAGUAAUCCAGUCUUAUUACAGGGUAUUCAGUUGCUGCAGAGACUAACCUACAACGUUCCCAUCUUUUGUGCUGGCGCCAACAUCGAUGGAUUAAUUUUGUUUCUAAUGCAUCAUGUUCAAUCCACUGAAGAUGAGUUAACAAUACCGUGUUUAGGACUCCUGGCAAACCUCUGUCGUCACAACUUGUCUAUUCAAAGUCAGAUAAAAUCUUCGAAUAAUGUGAAGAGUUUCUAUCGUACCUUAAUAAGUUUCUUGGCCCACAGCAGUUUGACUAUGGUUGUGUUUGCACUUUCGGUGUUAUCAAGCCUUACCCUAAAUGAAGAAGUAGGAGAAAAACUCUUUCAUGCUCGAAAUAUCCAUCAGACAUUUCAGUUAAUAUUCAAUAUUGUUGUAAAUGGAGAUACUCUAACAAGAAAAUAUUCUGUUGAUUUACUCAUGGAUCUUAUGAAGAACCCCAAAGUUGCAGAUUAUCUUACCAGAUACAAGCACUUCACCUCUUGUCUUGGUCAAGUAUUAGAUCUUCUUCAUGGAAGGGAUCCUGAUUCAUCAUCUAAGAUCUUAGAGCUGCUGCUUGCCUUCUGCUCUGUGCUAGAACUGCGUCACACCCUGCGGCAGGCGAUACUGGAACCAGCUGGCUUGCCAGUCUCUGCAAACACCAGACUUGUGACUUGCUCAAAGAGUUUUGAACCAUCUGUUGCAUUGGUGCACUUGUCAAACCAACCAUUGGAAGGCUCUGAAGACUGUUCAGGGCUAGCAUUGCAACUACUCAAAGAGAUUUUUGAGGAUGUUAUUAACAACAAGAAUGGUAAAUCAGCUGAACACUUUAUGGAUCUUUUGCUGCCUGUUCUUCUUGAUCAUCUUCAGAUGCCAGAACAGAUUGUGGAUGAGCUAUUAGUGAAGAAAAAGUGUGAAAGAAUGGUCAAGGCUAUUAAUGUCCUCACAAUGCUCUGCAGAGAUGACACACUGAAAAUGCAUGUCUCGAAGGUGCUGACUGCCAGCCAAUGCACGUGUCUGAUAGAACACCAGUUUCCUCAUUGUGGGAUUGAUGCUGGCUUUGGGACAAAAUUGGUGGACUCUAAAAUGUGCAAACUUGCUACUGAUAUUAUUUUGAAAACACUUGAUCUUAUGAGCAGAUUGCAGCAGGAUGUACCUGGUAUGAAGGUCAGCUUCUACAAAAUGUUACAGGAUCAGCGCUUGAUUACACCUUUGACAUUUGCUUUAACAUCAGACCAUGGAGAGCGGGUCCAAGUGGGCCUUAAAAUAUUGUUUGAGGUUGCACCCUUACCAGAUUUUCCUGUUGUAGUGCUGGGUGAAAGCAUUGUAGCAAAUAAUGCCUACAGACAACAAGAAGUGCAGCACAGAGCAAAGAGAAUCCAAAUGCAGGCACCUGUGACCAGCACUACUUCAGUGAGGUGUUCUUCAUCCUAUCCUUCAAAUAAUGACUCCAAAGCUUCAAAUAUUGAGGAAUUAAUACAAAAACUUCAUUCUGGACUAGAGAUGAAGGAGCCCUUGGUGGAUGUGAGGAUAUCUGAUGUAAUGGAUGUCUACGAGCAGAAGCUGUUCGCGUUAGCGUCUAAAGAAACGAGGCUGCAGGAUCUACUGGAAGUAAAGGAAGUAGCUCUGGCUCAGGCUGAGAGGCUGAUGGCUCAGUACCGGUGUCAGAGAGCCCAGGCUGAGUCUGAGGCAAGAACUCUUGCUGCAAUGCUGAAGGAUGCAGAACGAAAAAAUGAAGAGCUUAACGAUUUGCUGAAGGCUCAACAGGUAGAAUCUGAAAGAGCACAGACUGAUAUUGAACAGCUCUUUCAGCACAACAGGAAAUUGCAGGCGGUUGCUGAAGAACAUGAAAUACUAAAAAAAUCCACUCUUGAUCUCCUUCAGAGGAAUGCUGCACAGUUAGUAGAAAGUGAACAUCACAGAAAUGAAUUGCAGCAACAGCUGCAGGAGAGAGAUGGCACAAUAGCAACCUUGCAACAGAACAUAAAUGUUCUGGAAGAAAAAAUAAAAACUCAACAGAAAGAAAAAACAGAUAUGGAACAAACUAUCGAUAUUCUUAGAAAGGAAUUAAGUGAAACACAACAAGCAAGAGAAGAACUGAGUAUCAAGGCAUCUUCUCUGGAAGUUCAAAAAUCCCAGUUAGAAGGGUGCUUGGCAGAAAAAGAAGCACUCAUAAAUCUGCAGAAGGAAAAACUGGACAUACACGCCAGCGUGAUUGCAGCAAUUCACAAACUAAGUGAUGGCAAGCAAAGUGCAGAAAUAGUGAACCUCAGUCUGUAGGGCUCUGUUUCCUGUGCCUUACGUAUUCUGUUAAGUGAGCUAAAUUAUAGGGCUGUCUGCCAGCUUUGUACACAGUACAUGCAGUUUGGUUGCCUUUUUGCAUAAUGCAGUUAUUGCUUAGAAAGGUCAGCAACAAAACAAAAUGUUAUCAGAGAUGAUGAAUUAAGGGGUUUUGUUGGAGUUUUGCAAACUCAGUUGGGAAAGAAACUGUCAGCGUAAUGGGUCAAAAACUUUUUCUGUCAAAAGUAAAUUUGCAGAUAUGGGUGCUUUCUCUUUAAAUGUCUUGAUCAUGGGGAAGGGGUAAAUAAAUGUUGGGAGGGGUUUCAUUGUUUGGGUUUUUUUUCCUCCUUUUCUACCAGAAAGUGCUCAAGUAAACAAACUCUAGUAGGAAAUGCCAAGCAUGUUAAUAACUAAAUCGAUAAAUGCCAGUUUGACUUUGUCAAAUGGUGGAAUGGGAGGGAGAAGACAUCAAACUGCUCACCAGAGUAAGGUGGCAAUAAGGUACAUGUCUGCAGAAAAUGGUAAAUUUAGCAUUUAUGUGACAGAAUCCAAAGUAUAUAAAUAUUGAUUUUAUUUUUCCCCACCAGAAAAAUGUACUAUUUCAAUAUGCUAGUCUAAGCCAAGUGUAGCUGAACUCUGGGUUGCAUAGAAAAUAAAUGCAUGAACACAUCAAGAUAUUUUGACAGCAUUUCUGUGUUCUUUUGUGGCAGUGUUUUUCCAAAUGGUAAUGAAUAGUGGGUAAUGGAACUACCAAAUAAAUGGAUGUCUGUUUAAAAUUUUAUUUUAAAAAGAUAAUAUGUUACUCUUUACAGUAAAAAAAACCUGGAGAUUUUUGUACUUAAUUCAUGCAAAGAAAUACCUGUGUAAGGGGUUUUGCUUUCAGGCACUGUGAUAUUACCAGUUCUGUAAUCAAAAUAGUUCUGUAAUAAAGUUCCCAGUGCUGUUUUCAUAUUCAUGUUAUGUGCGUUAUCCACUGCACUAUUGGACUUUUUUUCCCUUUCCCCACAGGCUCUCUCAUUUAAUGCAGGGAGUAGCUGGCACCAGCACAAAAAAUAGCUCUGCAAUAGUCGAUUUUUAAUUAUCUGAGUCGUGUCAGGUUAUCAAUUGCAUGUUCUACAAGCAGAGACUUUUGUGCUGUCUUAGUUCCGAGUACCCUCACAUCUCAAUGUAGGGGACUCCAGUACUUCUUAUCUGAAAGUAGCUGCCUUUUAUUCUGCAUAAUCUGGAGAAAGUUUUCCAUUUAACAUGUGGUUCUAUAUGGCUUUGUAUGUUAUUUCAUUCAUGCCUAAAAAUACCCUUAAACAUGUAUUUAUUUUUCAGUACUAUGUGUUUUCUGGGCUGUCUAUUUCACUUUUGGUGUACUUACUGGGAAUAAUGACACAAUAAAGGUUUUGGAGGUGAUGCUCUUCAAUUCA